AUGAAGUGGUUUAAAUACCUUGGUUUCUCCCUUGCUGAACAGAUCCAUCUGUGUGUGCUGUGGAAUUCAGGAUUCUUGGGCAUUGCCUACUAUGACACAAGUGACUCCACCAUCCAUUUCAUGCCAGAUGCCCCGGAUCAUGAGUCCCUCAAGCUUCUCCGGAGAGUUCUGGAUGAAAUCAGUCCUCGGUCCAUUGUGACAAGCGCCAAACAGGAUGAAACUAUGUCACAGUUUCUGGGGAAGCUGGCAUCCCAGGAGUAUGCAGAGCCUCAGAGACCGGAAAUUGUCUUUUUGCCCAGUGUGGAUUUUGGUCUGGAGAUAAGCAAACAGCGCCUCCUCUCUGGAAACUACUCCUUCAUCCCAGACUCCAUGACUGCCACGGAGAAAAUCCUGUUCCUCUCCUCUGUCAUUCCCUUUGACUGCCUCCUCACGGUUCGAGCUCUGGGAGGGCUGCUCAAGUUCCUGGGUCGAAGAAGAAUCGGAGUGGAGCUGGAAGACUCUGACGUCAGCGUCCCCAUCCUGGGCUUUAAGAAAUUUGUGUUGACCCAUCUGGUGAGCAUAGACCAAGACACUUACAGCGUUUUGCAGAUAUUUAAGAGCGAGUCUCACCCCUCGGUGUACAAAGUGGCCACUGGUCUGAAGGAGGGGCUCAGCCUUUUUGGAAUCCUCAACAGAUGCCGCUGUAAGUGGGGAGAAAAGCUGCUCAGGCUAUGGUUCACACGCCCAACUCGAGACCUGGGGGAACUAAAUUCCCGUCUGGAAGUCAUUCAGUUUUUCCUGCUGCCUCAGAAUCUGGACAUGGCUCAGAUACUGCACCGGCUGCUGGGUCACAUCAAGAACGUGCCUCUGAUUCUGAAACGCAUGAGGUUGUCCCACACUAAAGUCAGCGACUGGCAGGUCCUGUACAAGACGGUGUACAGUGCCCUGGGCCUCAGGGAUGCUUGCCGCGCCCUACCCCAGGCCAUCCAGCUCUUCCGGGACAUUGCCCAGGAGUUCUCCGAUGACCUGCACCACAUUGCCAGCCUCAUCGGGAAAGUGGUGGAUUUUGAGGGCAGUCUUGCUGAAAACCGAUUCACCGUGCUCCCCAACAUAGAUCCUGAAAUUGACGAGAAAAAACGGAAGCUGAUGGGCCUUCCCAGUUUCCUCACGGCGGUGGCGCGGAAGGAGCUGGAGACUCUGGACACCCGCAUCCCUUCGUGCAGCGUCAUCUACAUCCCUCUGAUUGGCUUCCUCCUUUCUCUCCCCCGCCUGCCUUUCAUGGUCGAGGCCAGGGACUUUGAGAUCGAGGGACUGGACUUCAUGUUUCUGUCCGAGGAGAAGCUGCAUUAUCGCAGCGCUCGCACCAAGGAACUGGAUGCACUGCUGGGGGACCUGCACUGUGAGAUCCGGGACCAGGAGACCCUGUUGAUGCACCAGCUGCAGUGCCAGGUGCUGGCGCGGGCAGCUGUCUUGACUCGGGUGUUGGACCUUGCUUCCCGCCUGGAUGUCCUGCUGGCUCUGGCCAGCGCUGCCCGGGACUAUGGCUACUCCAGGCCUCGCUACUCCUCCAGACUCCGUGGCGUGCGGAUCCAGAAUGGCAGACAUCCUCUGAUGGAACUCUGUGCCCGCACCUUCGUGCCCAACUCUGCAGACUGUGGAGGGGACCAAGGGAGGGUCAAGGUCAUCACAGGGCCCAACUCCUCAGGGAAGAGCAUAUACCUCAAACAGGUCGGCCUGAUCACCUUCAUGGCUCUGGUGGGCAGCUUUGUGCCAGCGCAGGACGUGGAGAUCGGGGCAGUGGACGCCAUCUUCACCCGAAUCCACAGCUGCGAAUCCAUUUCCCUUGGCCUCUCCACCUUCAUGAUCGACCUUAACCAGGUGGCGAAAGCAGUGAACAAUGCCACUGAGCACUCCCUGGUCCUCAUUGAUGAAUUUGGAAAGGGGACCAACACGGUGGAUGGGCUCGCGCUUCUGGCGGCAGUGCUCCGACACUGGGUGGCACUCGGACCCAGCUGCCCCCAGAUCUUGGUGGCCACCAACUUUCUGAGCCUUGUUCAGUUACAGCUGCUGCCGCAAGGACCCCUCAUUCAGUAUUUGACCAUGGAGACUUGUGAAGACGGGGACGACCUUGUCUUCUUCUACCAGAUCUGCGAAGGGGUGGCCAGUGCCAGCCAUGCCUCCCACACAGCUGCCCAGGCCGGCCUUCCUCACAAACUCAUCGCUCGGGGCAAGGAGGUGUCAGACUUGAUCCGCAGUGGAAACCCCAUCAAGCCCGUCAAUGAGAUGCUAAGAAAGACGCAACUGACAAAAUGUCAGACCUUAGUGGAUACAUUUCUGAAACUGGAUUUAGAAGACCCCGGCCUGGACUUGGACGUUUUCAUGAGUCAGGAAGUGCUGCCUGUGGCCAGCUCUGUCCUCUGAGAGCCCUCCCCCUGCUCAGCCCAGUAUCACCCCAGCCCAGCCCUGUGGCACACCCCAGGCCCCCUGCGAGACCCAGAGUGCUUACCUCCCUGAAUAUUUUGUUUCCUGAUAGAAAUAAAGUUUGUCUCUGGCA